AUGAAUAUCCUGGGUCUUCGUCGCCAUUUCACUUCCCCUCUGUCAUUUGCAAACGCCAAUCCAUUGGUAACUGUGCCGUCAAAUCCUUCGAAUCAAGACUCUCAGGACAAUAAGGAUGUGCUACUGCAACGACUCAAUGACCUCGUAGUCAGGUUGUCACAUGAUGAUGCGGAAGAUGAUGCUAUCACUGCAUUGCAUAAGAAGACGGAUGAGAUGGAGACGCUGUUGAGAGUGGAAUAUUCUAUGGAUCUGGAUCGGAAAGUAUCUCACGAUAUAGUCAAACCACCGCCGCGAAGAGACUCCGAUGAUGUGUUCUGGGCUCGACCACUCGCUACCAGAAGGGAGAGCUUCCUACUACGACGGCCCAGUUCUCCACCACCAAUAUCUCACAGCGCUUCAUAUUCAUUGCUUGAGUCCGGAACCAGACAAUCGACUGCAGCAGCAGUUUUGAAAACUGCUGAGAUAGCAACAUCAGCUGAAGAGCUGAACGUACGACUUGCCAAAGCAGUCGGUGAACUUCAAGCUUCUAGAAUAGAAGGCGAUAAGAUUCUCGCCUGGCACGUCUCCAAGCUGGACGCAUACACGCAAAAAAUCACUUCUCUGGAGGAACACAUUUCAAAUCUCCAGGAAGAGCUGGAAAACAGCCAAUCACUACUCAGCCGUACCCAUGUCGAAAUGCAAACUAUGGCAGCAAAACACGCAAAGGCUCUGGAGGAUAUUAGUUGGAGGGAGGACUGGGAUGAACUCAAUCAGGAUAUGGAUAUGAGAGGUAAUAGUAGUAUAGGAGUGUGGGACGAUGCUUCCGAGUACCCUGGCGAAUAA